AUUGAUACAUUGACUUUUCAUUCGGUUAUGUUGCAAUGUGAUAAAGGCGAUAACAGUCUUUGUACUGCCCCGCCCCCAGUAACACCGGUGGUACCAUCUCCAGUCCGACAAAAGUUUUUACGUUAUGACCAAUCGACAGUUCUAAGGUCACUUUGAGUUGGUUUCGUUGAUGUGAAUGUUGCACAAGUUUGACAACAACUUCAAAGUUGGAGAUAGGUUACACUCGGACAUAAUCCUUCGCUUUACUGAUGAUUACCUUCGCGUUGGACGUGUAAUUAAGAACAUCCGGAAAUUAGAAUAGGGCUCCAUGCAAUAUUGUUCAUUGACAUCAGCUCCCAAAACUCCUCUGAAACAUUGUAUGGAGCCUUUGACGCUGGAGCUCUUCAUUGUGUUGGUAUUAUACGCUUAGUUGAAUGCAGGCUUAAAAAACAGCCUGAACUUGACGGGAUACUACCGCAUUUUAUACCACUGAAGUGAAAAUAAUUCGUUGGGAGUUUCUUCAAUGUGGGCCAGUUUGCUCUCGAGUAUGGGUCUGGGAUCAUCUGCAGUCGACCAAGGCUCAGGGCUGGAGGUGGAUGAACCCUCUGGGGACACCCCGGGGGACACCGCGAGAAGGGCUCAUUUUUCAGUUGCCUUCACGACGCUGCUGGAGGGCGAUGUUGACGCCCAGCGAAUCCCGUUUGAUAGGGUUCUCUCCCAGAGUUCAGAAGACACCUUUGACACAAAUAAUAACGAAUUUACUUGUACCAUACCAGGAGCAUACUUCUUUACUUUCACCAUCCACCCACAGGAGGACAAGGCGGCCUCGGUCUCGCUGAUGAAGAAUGAUGAUGGACAGGUGAUGCUCUUAGCAGCGAGGAAGAAACGAAUAUCAAACAGCGUGUGCUCGCAGUCCGCCAUCUUGGAUCUCGCAGAAGGAGACAAGGUGUGGCUCCAGUUGAAUUCAGGGCGGGAGUACGGGAUCAGGAGCCAUACCGGACAACCCUUGGUGACGUUCUCGGGGAUCCUUGUCAACUAGAACACUAUUGGUCUACAUGCUGUCACACGUAGACCUAUAGCAAAUUUUGCUUUAUAGAUAAAAAAAAAAAAAAAACGCUUGUUUUCCUUGUAUGGGCAUGUCUAAUUAUUUCUCUAUGCAAUAUGCAGUAAAAUGGAAAAACACGCCCAAACUAGUAUUAAAAAUGAAACACGGGCCCUUUUCAUCAUCAAAUAGCCUUAAUUACUUGAUGAUAUAGCGUGUGUUUUAUUUAUUUAUUUUAUUAAUCUGUAUGCGGUCUGUAUGCAUAUACUCCAAAACU